UCCAAACCAAAAAAGAAAAUUUACUUAGUUUGUACUCAUUGCUUGAACAGAUAGAAGAUGUAAGAAUCUUGAAGACACAUUUUUUGCAAGAGCAAAAACACUCCCACUUAGAAAUAUGGGAUUCAAAUAUUUGAUGAUUUUGCUUUUAUUACCAACAAUUUUAUGUAGCAGAAAGGGCUCAUUAUCAAGAAAGGAGCCUUUGAAAUUUGACAGGAAAAGUAAAAUUCAAAACAAUCAUGCAAUUUUGAGCAUUCAUGCAUGCCUUACUCAUCCCUUCCAAUUCUUGUUCACUUACAUUUUUUUUUCUGAAAAUAAAACAGAAAAACAGCAAAUUCAUUUUUUUCUCACAUUUUUUUAUUUAUUUUUUUUCAUUUUAUGUUAAAGAGUGAAGAUGGAGAUAUCAUUGAUUGCAUAGAUAUCUACAAGCAGCCAGCUUUUGACCAUCCUGCUUUAAAGGAUCACAAAAUCCAAAUGAGCCCGAGCCAAAGCCACGAGGAUGUGGCAUUGCAGCGUGAGACGGGCAGAGGCUCUCGUGCAACCGUGACACCACAAUUAUGGCACAAAAACGAGAGCUGCCCGAAGGGAACAGUCCCCAUUCGGAGAGCAAAGGAUAAGCAUCUUCCCAACUACGGGAGGAAAAAGGAUGGCAGCAUUGGUUGCACCCUAACUAUGCUAGCGCAGUUGGGAAUACUGCACACGGAAGGAUAUGCCUACAUCGGGGGCAAAGCAGAUAUGCUUGUUCAAUAUCCAAAAGUGGAGCUAGACGAUGAGUACUCGACUUCAAGGGUGGCGCUCAAGACCGGACCUUACUACGACUUUGAGGCCAUGGAGGCGGGCUGGCAAGUGAAUCCCAGUGUGUAUGGAGACAGGAAGACAAGGCUGUUUGUAUAUUGGACAGUGAGUAAUCUCAAACAUAAACUUUGUUAUACCAAAAAUCAAGAAUCGUACGAGUAUGCCGAUGAGUAUAGAUGCUAUGAUGUUUUGUACGUCACUGAUUAUGUUUAUGAUCCUGAGUUCUACUUUGGAGGCCCUGGUAAAAGCUGGGAAUGCCCUUAAAUAUUGUUUUCAAAAUAUUCA